UUCCCACCCGUCCUCCCAGCUCCUUCACCGCUCCAGCCAUGGCGCAGAAACCCAAGAUAGAUCCCCACGUCGGGCGGCUAGGCUACCUGCAGGCGCUGGUCACGGAGUUCCAGGAGACCGAGAGCCUAGAUGCCAAGGAGCAAGUCCUUGCUAACCUUGCCAACUUCGCCUACGACCCGGGCAACUACCAGUAUCUGCGGCAACUGCAAGUCCUGGAUUUAUUCCUCGAUUCGCUGUCGGAAGAGAAAGAAACCUUAGUGAAGUUUGCUAUUGGGGGCCUCUGCAACCUGUGCCCGGACAAGGCCAGCAAGGAGCACAUCCUGCAGGCAGGAGGCGUCCCGCUCAUCACCAACUGCCUGUCCAGUCCCGACGAGGAGACCGUGUUAUCUGCUGUCACCACACUCGUGUACUUGAGCUCACCGGGCAUCCACUCCCACCCUGAGCUAACUUCCUUGCCUGUGAUCCAGUGCAUGCUGCGCUUCUCUCUCUCUGCCAGCACAAGGCUCCGGAACCUGGCCCAGAUAUUCCUAGAGGACUGCUGCUCCCCGAGUCAGGUGGCUGAGGCUCGCAGCCGGCAGGCCCAUUCUGCCCUGGGUAUCCCCCUGCCACAGACCGAGGCCCCACAGCAGCCCUGACCCAAGGAGCCUCCAAGAUCUUGCCACUUUCUGCCUGAGAGCAGCCCUGGCACAGGCACCGGAAGCAGAAGGCUGAUAGCAUCUUGAGCCUGUGCUGCCCAGGUGCUGGCUGUCCAUCUGGUUGCAACAUGCAGUCUGAGUGUGGUGGG